GUUUUCCCAACUUCUCCUCCCUUCUUCCCUUCGCCACCGCCAGCUACUUUCUCUUUCAUGAUGUACGGCCUCGCUGUUCUCUCCGUUGCGGUUUUCGCUGGUCACACGGCCGCUACCGCUCUCGCUGGUGCCUUCCCUCUCGCUGCUAUCAUCAGGAGGCAGACGGGCUUCGAUCCCUCGCAGAUCCCUGCUCAGUGUCAGAGCGACUGUUCUACCGCCGUGACCGCCAUCAAUACCUGCACGGACGUGAGCUGCUUGUGCAGCACCAGCACAAAUCAGGGUCUCUACACCUGUCUCGAGUGCGCGCUCAGCCUUAGUCCCGACGCAUCCACCUUGUCCCAGUCCCAGGAGAGCCUGGACAACUACGAGGAGACGUGUGACCAGGCCGGCGUGAACGUUACUCCCCUCUCGCUCACCCUCCCCUCCGGCGGCGCGUCAGCCACUGCUACUGCUACUGCUGCGCCCAUAUCUAGCACCGCUGUGACCGGUGGUAGUACUCCCAGCACUGUCAAGGUCUCCGUGACGUUCAACGGCGGCAGCACCGCGGCGACAGCGACCGCGACCAGCCCCGCCAACACCGCCGACACGGCGUCCAGUGCCAGCAGCACCGGUGGUGCCUCGAAGAACGGCAACCCCCUUGGUGGCAACGGUGCCGGCGCGAUUGGUGUCUCUACUGCUUCUCUCGCUGUCGUAGUCGGUAUCGCGAUGGCCGCCCUACUCUAGAGCGACGGCUUCGGUUUGGAUGGCGGCCGUGUUGUGUUACGAAACUUUACUGGGAAUUGACUUGGACUUUAUUCGACGCCUCGCGGCUUCUAACACAAAACUACUAUUGUUCGCUCGCCCUCUGCUCUAGCUUACCUGGAGUAUAAUCAGAGAAUGAUUGAUAUUUGUCCUCAG